AUGUUACCUAACUUUCCGCGCCCUAAGCGACCAUUCCCUUGGCCUGCCUUCCGGGGUGAUUGGGACGACAAGUUUUCUGCCAGUGCCCAUACGCAAACUGAGCCACUGUUCGACCGAGCUACCUGGAUGGUCGAAUACUACUUCUGCAUCUUCUUCCUCUUGGUCACCAUCACCGUCUCUAUCUCCAUCACCACCUCCACCGUCACCAUCAUCAUCACCAUGUCACGGAGGAAUUGCAAGAAAAAGCGCACAAAGCCUCCAAUUAAUUCUAAUCAUAAUGGCAAAACGCAGAGCGGCACAAGUACUUAG